UCAGCUGUUGUCAGUUGCUCCCCAACGUCAGAGGUGGUCAGAUACACGUAAGAAGUUCGCUCAGUUUGAAAAUGUCUUCCUUUCCGGUUGCACACAAACCCCUUCAUACACCGCCACUGCAGGAGGUAGCAGAGGUGUUGCAGACCGCACUAAAGGCCAAAUUCGCCAAUGCCGAGGUUACAGUCGUUGAUUGUCCAGAUUUGACUAAACCUCCCUAUGGACUAGAAGCAGCAGGAUUGUGUGGAUCGCCUCGGUUGGCUGACGUGGGGGGCGUGCCGUACCUCAUGCCCAUGGUGCAGAAAGACAAACUGUACGAUGUUAAAGACCUGGCAGUUGCAGUUGGACUUCCAUCUGCCUUUGUGGUCGGCGCAGGGGCAGGACCUCAUCCCCAUGUGGGUGUCAACAGUGAAAUGAUGGCAAAUAUCAAGACCGGGGACAGCACUUCGAAUGGUUCCCGAGUGGCAAAAAUAAAUGUUGCAGGCAGUUAUGAGCUACAGAAGCUUCCUCAAACCGAGACAAGGUGCGCUUUGAUGCUGAACAUGUUCGCUAGCGAGGGGCGUCCUGGCAAAGUGCUGCGCGUCUCGGCCAAGAAGCGGACGGGUGACACCAACCUGGUGACCUGCAUGAGGGAGGCACUCAAGAUACACUAUGGAGACAAGCCGGUGGGUCUGGGAGGAACUUUCCGUCUCGUGGAAGGCAAGGCGAAGUGCCAUGUGAUGCCCGAGUUCUCACCUGUGCCUCUGACCUGCGACGCCGAGGUCAACGAAUGGCUGCGGUUCUUUGACAUGCCGGCGCCGAUGGUGUUCCUCUCAACGUUCGUCUCCAGCGACCCCGACCUCGACCUACGUGUGGAACACUCGCAUGGGUACGGGAGUGACUGCGGUGGACACUACCACUACGACACCACACCCGAAACUGUGGAGUAUGAGGGUUACUAUAACAUUGCAGAAGUUAUUUAUCGAAUUGACAGACCUAAGGAAACCCAUUCAGUCGGUAGGAAUUAGGCUGUUAGAAUGUUAUCGACUCGAAUGAACCUGGAAGCUAUGAAUGAAUAUUGCAUAAAUAGAGAUUAUCUGUAUCACCUAAUUUGCAACUUGCAAUGUUAACUGUAAGUGAUGAUAGCCACAAAUGUUAUAUAAAUGUAUUGGAAUAUGGAAAUAAAAUAUUGUAAACUAC